AUAACCCUAUUGAGUGUUUUUUAACUAAAUUAACAUGGCUCGAAUGAACCGCCCAGCUCCUGUGGAAAUCACUUACAAGAACAUGAGAUUUCUUAUUACACACAAUCCAACUAAUGCGACCCUAAACAAAUUUAUAGAGGAACUUAAGAAGUACGGAGUUACCACAGUAGUAAGAGUAUGUGAAGCAACUUACGACACUAGUCUUGUGGAGAAAGAAGGCAUCCAUGUUCUCGAUUGGCCUUUUGAUGAUGGCGCACCACCAUCUAACCAGAUUGUUGAUGAUUGGUUAAGUCUUGUGAAAAUUAAGUUUCGUGAAGACCCUGGUUGUUGUAUUGCUGUUCAUUGUGUUGCAGGCCUUGGGAGAGCUCCAGUGCUUGUCGCCCUAGCAUUAAUUGAAGGUGGAAUGAAAUACGAAGAUGCAGUACAGUUCAUAAGACACGGCGUGGAGCUUUUAACAGCAAGCAACUUUUGUAUUUGGAGAAGUAUCGUCCUAAAAUGCGGCUGCGCUUCAAAGACUCUAAUGGUCAUAGAAACAACUGUUGCAUUCAAUAAAACUGGGGUGCCUGAUGCCAUUGCUUGGAAGUGGAACCUAGACAGGACGGGAUUUGUCGUACAUGUUAACCAGCAUGUUGGCUUGGUGAAGUCUGAUGAAGCUUCCAUAGGAGUGUUGAAACGCAGUUUUACCAGGCCACAAGCCUGGCAGAAUUGCACCCUCUGUUUGGGUUAUGAUCAACCUACUUGGACACUUAGCAAAGGAUUCUUGCUGUUCAGCAUUUAAAAUGUGCUUAUCAUUUGUACCAAUUGACUUUUCCUGAAAUCAUGCAGUAUGGAGUCAUUCAUGUCUUUAAAUGUGUUUCCAUGCCAGAUUCUUAUCAGUAUAUAAGAAAUUUAGAAAGACUAGGUGCCAAAAUACCCAGCACAAUUCUUGUUGUUUUUAGUAUCAUAUCGAACUAAAAUCCCAGGAACUAUGAAAACUCUGGACCUUAUGUGUUUUAUUCUUUCCAUCAUUUCAAACAUAGAAAGUAGGGCCUAUAAGGUUAUUUGAUCACAAUAUGUUUACAUCUUCCACAUUCAUACCAGUAUACAUCAGAUUUGCUCGUUUGUUUUUUUUUAAUUAACCAAGUCUUACCAGUGACUAUUUAAUGUCUUUCUAUAAAUCUCAUUUUGUGCUGUCAUGGAAGACCUCCGUUUUGAAAAUCUACAUUGUACAGAAGCACAUGUCUUUAAUGUCUCCAGACAAAAAAGCCUUACAGUUAAUUUUAAUGUUUGCACUUUGGGGUGCAACUUACAGGGAGGGCCUGAAAAAAGGAAUGGGAGGGGGCUAUUAAGUAUUUUUAGUAAAAUGUUGCCUUUGUCUUGUGCAGAACAUGUAGAAUAUGCGCUUUAAUUUAGUAAAUAUUUUUUUAAAAGGUAGAAAUACUUUGUUAUGGUAGCUAAAACAAUUCUUAAUCAUAAAAUUUCUGAAAUUCUUGUAAUUUUUUUUCAAACUUAUCUGAAGUUGUUUACCAACUUAUUUUUGUUUGAAGUGUGAUUCCCAACCUUUCUUGCAAAAAACAAAAAAGUGGGUUUCUGCUAAUGAAUUGAGCAGACAUUUAAUAUUUUAUAUGCCUUUUGAGCUGUGUAACUUAAUAUUUGGAUACUUGACAAUUUGUUUUAUUAUGUGAUUGAUAAAAUGGUGAUGUGUAUUAAUGUCAGCUCAACCAUAUAUUUAUACUGUCCGGGAACAUGUGGUUAUAGUUCUGUGGGAGAAAUAAUUUGUCAGUGUUCACCAGCUUGUAAAAAUCUAGUGCGAGAGCUUAAACAUUAAAUAAAUGAUGAAAUGCAUUUAUUGUCAUU